AAAAACCCCUCUGGGACUUUGGACUCCAGCUGGCACCAGACCAAGAGAGUUAUAGGAAGAAUGAAGAAGUGAGGCUGAGCUGCCACAAGGGUUUCCAGCCAACCUUCACCCAUGUCAAAUGUACAGGAAAAGUUCUGUCUGUUAUCAAUGGAAAACCUGUAUACAGAGAAGCUUGGAAUGGAAGAGACACAAGAGGCAAUUGGAUCAACAUUCAGUCCAAGUCCAGGGUACAGUGCCUUGAGAAAUGCCAGAAACCCCAGUGGGACCCCAGGUUUAUCUUUGACAAAGAACAGGCAACCUUCAACCCAAAUGAACUGGUGAAGAUGAGCUGCCCUGAUGGGUACUGGCCUUCACCCAUGGAGCUUAAAUGUGUGAUAUUGAAGCCAAGGGAAGGUUCCGUGGUUCCUCGUAGUGGCUGGAUAGUGAGGAAUGGCACAGACACCUGGCACCAUAUGGAGGAGAAUUUGACCUGUGUUGAAGUCCUCCAGGUUGACCCUGAGAGUCUGAAGAUUUCCAGCACCAGCAUCAAACUGAACUGGACCUGCAUGCACCCUGACAUGUGCCAGCAUAUUCGGGCCAGGUGCCGGCUGGAGCACCAUCCCUCUUCAAACUGUGAGGCUAAGGAGGUGAAAGGAGAAGAGAUACUACAAGGCCAGGAGGGAACAUUCACCUGCUCCCCUUUGCAGCCCUUCACUGUCUACAGUGUCACCAUCUCCCUGCUGCCUAGAACAAUCCUGUACACACGGUUCCUCACGACAAAGGAAACGGUGCCAGACAAACCAGAAAACCUGUUGAUGGAUGUCAGCACGGGGACCCUCAGGUGGAAGGCACUGCCCUCCUGCAAAGGGGAGAUUAUUGGAUACCAGGUACCAGGAAUCCAUGUGGGGUGCCCGUGGUCCCUCUCACCUUGCCUGGAGCUCUGUGCAGGCAGCCUGAGGAGAGAUCUGAACAUCACCACCAUGAGAGCAGAGGACGGCGGCUUCCUCGGAUUCAGUCAGGUGUUGGUGAACCAGUCUGUCUCUGAGUAUGUGCCACCUAAUCAGAGAGCUGGCAGGAAAUACCUGGUGACAGUGCAGGGCCUGACGGCAGCUGGGGCUGGGGCUGCAGCAGAGCUGGAAUUCAAAACCUACAUCCAGGGAUGGCUGGGCAGGCUGCCAGACCCUCCAGCUGGGGCCAUGGCACAGGGCUCUGUGCCCCAGAGCCUCCCUCUGCCCUGCCCAAGCAGAUGUGCAGGCAGGGGAACACUGUCUUGCUGCCUGUCUCUGCAGCAGGGUCUGGACACACAUUUCCACAGAGGUGCAGACACCCAGCAGCAAGGCUGGGGCCACUGCUGGUGCACGGCCCAGCCUGUGACACCCACUCCUCUCUGUGUGUUCUUUGAAGGCCCUUGGCCUGUGUCAGCAGUCAUUGUAGUGGUGGUGGUGGUGCUGUUGAUCCCCUUGUCUGCCGGGAUCCUCUGGUUCCUGCUGUCCAGAAGAAAGAAGGCCUUGCCCAGCAAAGCCGAGGAGGAUCACUACACAGAGCUCCAGCCCUAUGAGAAUGUACAUGAGGGUAAUUACUGUGUGAUGGAGACUUUCCUUGAGAAAGAUGCAGGUAAAUGUGGCCAGGCUGGAGAGCCAUCUCCCAAGCCCUUGCCUGUUCUGGAAUCCUCAGGACAGUCAGAGCAGUGAGGAAGAAGAGCAGCUGGAGUAAACAUCUGAGGCUCAAUGGUGAUGGCACUUGUCUUCUUGAAGCUUGGUCCUUCACCACUGUAAGCAGGACAAUGAAUCAUCUCAUGGAUUAUUGCUUCUCCCCAAUUAUCUUCAUCAAGCUCCAGAAUCCUGUGUCACAGCACAGGAGCAGCUCAAGGCAUGGGAUGACCUGCUUGUGCCUGCAAGGAUAUGUCCCAGUAGUUCUCCAGUGUUCUGGCAUAGCCAUCUCACCAGCAUCUUGGUGCCUGCAAAUGUCCCUUGAGAAUGGAGGAGCUCACAACUCCUCUUUCCACCCUGUGUCCUUGUAUCCAUCUAGACCGUGUCCUCUGCUUGAGCUUAGCCUAGCUGUGCUGCCCUGGCCACUGUGCUGCUGUGUCUGAAACAACCAAUAAA